CGCUACGACGCGCGGCGCCGGUGCCGGCAGUGCCGGCCGGUACCGCUUCAGUGUGUUUUGAGCUGCGAGGAUCCGCCGUUGUUUGUCAGUGCUAGCCUCCCAGGGCCAACCGUCCCGGACGAGGUUUCAUUUUACUUUCAAAAGGCUCUACUUAGAGACAUUAAAUAAGAAAUGGACUCAGUCAAGAAAAUUACGCAACCCAAGAAUCCAAGGGCGAAGGCAAAUAUUUUGUCUGCUCUUACGUUUUCUUGGACGAUUGGUCUGUUUCGGAAGGGGUAUAAACGAGACCUAGGUCUUCCAGAUAUCUGUGAGCCUUUGGAUGAGUAUGACUCUAAGCAGGUCGGGAAUCAACUGGAAGACCUUUGGAAUAAACAUAAGAGGAAUAGCUGUGGCAAUGGGAGGUGGAAACUACCCAGGUUGUGGGCUUGCCUGAGAGCCUUCAUUGGAUGGGAACUAUUUUUCAUGGCCUCUGGUAUGUUCAUAUUUGAACUCACCGUUAAACUGGGACAACCAAUCUUACUUGGGAAAUUCCUUAAUUAUUUUGAAUCCAAUAGCACUGUUACUGCUGAAGAGGCUACUGUUUAUGCCUCAGGUGUUGCUGUGUUAGUUUUUCUACACCAGUUUGGCAUGCACCCUUUUAUGUUUGGCCUGAUGUGCUUGGGAAUGAGAGCUCGUGUGGCCCUCUCGUCCCUCCUAUAUCGAAAAUUGUUGAAAGUUUCUAUAUCAUCCAGUUCAGGAGUUACUGGUGGAUAUGUUAUAAACUUGCUAACAAAUGAUGCAAGUCGCUUAAGCAGUGCUCCCUUGCACUUGCCUGAUGCUUUGGGAGGAAUAGUUUGUUCAGUGGUCGUGACAUAUUUUCUAUGGCAGGAAGUUGGUGUAUCUGCCUUUGUUGGAAUGUCGACCCUUGUGUUUUUCGUGCCAGUACAAAUUCUCCUGGCUAAAAGAUCAGCAGCUCUUCGUGAAAAGACAGCUAAAAGAUCUGAUAAAAGAAUUCAGCUCAUGAACGAGAUCAUUCCGGGUAUUCAAGCAAUAAAAAUGUAUGCAUGGGAAAAGUGGUUUUCUAAAUUGGUUGAAAGUGCAAGGAGAAAAGAAGUGAAUGUUAUUAGAUCCAUGACAUACUACACCGGCUUAUCAUUUGCUUGUUCCUCAUUUCUCACAAAGAUUUCUUUUUUCCUGUGUGUGCUCCACUUCGCUCUCUCAGGAAAUGCAAUCACUGCAGACAAAAUCUUUACUACCAUCAUGUUCUUUGAUAUUUUGCAAGAAAGUUUGACCAUUUACUUACCAAUGGCCAUUGAAAAUUUAGCAGAAUGUGUAGUUGCCAUCAGAAGAAUGGAAGAGUUUCUUUUGAAGCCAGAAUCUAGUUCAAUAAUGACUAGUCAGAGCAUAACUGGUAGAACAGAAGUUCUUUUGAAGAAUGUAGAUGCCAAGUGGACAGAAGACCAGCAACACAAUAGCUUGAAAAACUUAAAUCUUUCAAUUUCACCAGGGAUGCUGGUGGGCGUUAUUGGCCAAGUAGGAUCAGGCAAGUCAUCAUUGCUACAAUUAAUAUUACGAGAAUUGCCACAUGUCACUGGUGAAGUGAACAUCCAAGGGUCAAUUUCCUAUGCCUCACAAGAACCGUGGCUGUUUACUGGAACAGUGGUACAAAAUAUCACCUUUGGCCUUCCCAUGGAGAAAAAGCGUUACAAUGAAGUAGUCAAAGCUUGUGCAUUAGAAGAGGAUUUCAAGCAAUUCCCUCGUGGUGAUAAGACGCAAGUUGGGGAGCAUGGACACUCACUCAGCGGUGGCCAGCGAGCUAGAAUAAAUUUGGCUCGAGCUGUUUAUAGAAGAGCAGACGUCUACCUUUUGGAUGAUCCCCUCUCUGCUGUUGACACUCAUGUGGGCCGCCAUCUCUUUGAUGACUGCAUCAAUGGUUUUCUGGCUGGAAAAAUAGUCAUUUUAUGCACUCAUCAGUUGCAAUAUCUCAACAAUGUUAAACUUAUUUUAAUGAUGAAAAAUGGAUCAAUCGCGGCCCAAGGCACUUUUAGUGAUUUGCAGAAUUGUGGCACAGAAUUGUCUGAUUUAAUGAAGACAGAGACAGAAAAUGAGGAGAAUCCUGCCAGAGAUAAAUUGCAAAGGCAACUAUCGACACACAGUACAGCUUCAGAAGAGGAAUUUGAUGUGCCCGAAGAAAUGAAAUCAGAGGGGGAAGUAACUUGGAAGAUUUACCUAUCUUACUUCAAAGCAGCAGGUGGUUUGCCAGCAUUUGUCCUUCUUGUGCUGUGUCUUGCUCUUACCCAAGGUUCUGUAAGCGGUGGUGAUUAUUGGACUUCUUAUUGGGUCGAUCUUGAACAGUACGUUUUUCAAAACGGGAACACCACGUCCCUUCCCAUAUUGGGAGAGAUGGACCGCGCGAAGUGCUUGUACGUCUUCGGAGCGUUGAUGGCCAUCACAGUUUUUCUGAAUCUGAUUAAAAUAGUUGCCUUUGCAUACUUCUGUAUGGAAGGCUCUAAAAGAUUGCAUGACAUUAUGUUUAAUACUGUCUCCAAAGCCACCAUGAACUUUUUUGACAACAAUCCGUCUGGACGCAUUCUAACAAGAUUCUCAAGGGACAUUGGUAUUAUAGAUGAACACCUGCCUGAAACUCUUUCUGAUAUCAUUGAGGCGAUCAUGCAUCUAGUUGGUGUUCUGGUCAUCAUAUGUGUGGUCAAUUACUGGCUUUUGUUACCUCUCCUUGUGAUAGGUGUCAUUUUCGUCUUUCUUCGCCAACUGUACAUGAUGACGUCACGGAGUUUGCAAAGAAUCAAGGGCCUGUCCAGCAGUCCUAUUUACACGCACACAAAUGCUUCCAUUGAGGGCCUAGUCACAAUCCGAUCAAUGCAGGCGUCGGACAAUUUAUCAAGAGAAUUUGAUAGCAAACAAAAUAUUAAUUCUUCGGCUGUUUUUUAUUCACUUGGCACUGACAGGGCCUUUGCGUAUUGGUUGGAUCUCGUGUGUAGUGGUUACACAAUGCUGGUCAUCUUAAGCUUUCUAUUUUUUAAGGAAGACUUCAGAGCUGGAGAAAUUGGUCUCACCAUCACACAGGCACUUUCUCUUGUGAUGAUGUGCCAGUGGGCCAUGCGUCAAUCGGCCGAAGUGGGCAACGAGAUGACUUCAGUAGAGCGUGUUUUAGAAUUCCACAAAGUUGAAAGUGAAGAAUCGAGACUUUUGACGAAACCUGAGCAUAAGCUACCUGUUGAUUGGCCAACCUUUGGAGAUAUCACCUUCCAGAAUGUCUCCCUCCGCUACUCCCCUACUGACCCUCCCGUGCUUAAGGAACUUAACUUUUCUAUCAAAUCUGGAGAAAAGAUUGGUAUAGUUGGUCGAACGGGAGCUGGCAAGUCUUCAUUACUGGGUGCCCUUUUCCAGUUGUAUCCCAUUGAAGGAACUAUUAUAAUUGAUAAAUUAGACACAAGCAAGAUUGGUCUGCAAGAUUUACGCUCAAAUCUCUCAGUUAUCCCGCAAGAGCCUGUCCUUUUCACAGGAUCUUUGAGGCACAAUCUUGACCCGUUUGAACAGUAUAAGGAUGAAGAUCUGUGGAGUGCACUGAGAGAUGUCCAACUUAAGUCAUUUGUAGAAGAAAUGAAUUGUGGAUUGCAGUUCGUUGUGACAGAAGGUGGAAGUAAUUUAAGUGUCGGACAGAGGCAGCUUGUUUGUCUGGCGCGGGCCAUAUUAAGGCACAACAAGAUUUUAGUUCUUGAUGAAGCCACUGCAAAUAUGGACACAUACACUGAUCAACUAAUCCAGAAUACCAUCAACGACAAGUUCUCAACAUGUACCGUUUUGACCGUAGCUCAUCGUCUUGACACUGUCAUGAAUUGUGAUAAAAUACUUGUCAUGGAUGGUGGCCGCGUUGCAGAGUUCGGCAAGCCCCACGACCUACUUCAGAGCCCCACUGGGCUCUUCACUAAAUUGGUCAACCAAACUGGUCAGACAAAUAGCGCCAACCUUAGAUCCAUGGCAGAGCGAGCUAGUAAUAGAAUGAAAACUCAUCCUAUACUAGAGACGGGAAAAUGAUUCUCUGUUGACGUUCUCUACAUUGGAUGUAUCUUGCAGAAUGCCCUGCUCAUCCCGGCGUGCAUAGCCGUGGUGGUGCUUGCACCCGCUGGCAACCCGGUCGGUGGGACAAGCCGGGACGGAACGGCGUUACCGACCUACCUCACUGUGUGGUCCCACCUAGGCCCACUAGGCCCACUAGUCCCACCGAAACCAGGUGAGGAUCCGGGUGAACUGGAAAAAACCGUCACCCCGGUUCCUACCCAUACCGUGGAGGGGGGUUCUUUUCUCAGCAACGGGCGGGCGGUCAACUCCUGGUGGAAUCCUUGAAGAAAACCUCUGCCCUCUGCGUUGCCGAGAAGGCUCACUCCUGCAAAAGGGGCGCGGGGCUGCUGUGAAUGGAGGCCUCUGCGCGGAAAUCUUUUCUCCAGUUUACUGCUGAAUCCGGUAUCAUCAGUCUAAAUUUGGGCACAUUGUCUCCUAGUGUUCUGGAUUAAGUUGGUUAUUAUGUUUUCUCAUAUUCUUUUGAACGCACAAUUGUAUUCAUUCUUUAUUUUUAUUUAUUGUUGGAAAACAUUGAGUGUUCGAGCAUUGGUAAUUGGCAAUAUGUCUGGUUGGUAGGAUCUUAGUUAAGGCUGAUUUCAAAUUUUAUGAACACUUACACUGACUGUAAGAAUUUAUUUGGUCAUUAAUACAGUAAUAAAAUGAUAGACACUUAAAACAACAA